AUGCCGGCUAAAAUCCUUAACUUAGUCGUCAUAUUAUUAAUCGCCAGUACCUGUGAUAGCACUGAGUCGACAUUAGGAAGACUGAAGGCAUAUCUCCAAGGGGAAAGUGAUGCUUAUGGCAUCAGUGUUGAUCUCUCCGAUGACAAACAGGUCAACAUAAGUAUGUUGCUGAUGUCCAUCUCCAAUCUCAAUGCUGCCGAGCAGAUAUUCACUUUCAGUGCUGGUAUCCGCAUGACGUGGCUCGACCAAAAUCUGGCUUGGAACAAAACUGAUUAUGAUAAUAUUACGGAAGUGACCGUCUCUGAGAACUUUGUAUGGAUACCGACCAUUGCCAUCCCUAACGGUAUCGACAGUGCUACCUUGGCUUCAAAACAAUCUCCAAAGAUAUCCAGUAAUGGAAUUGCAUCACUUCAAUUCCUUGAGAGUUUAAAGACCAGUUGUCAAAUAGACAUCACUCGGUACCCGUUUGAUCAGCAGCGAUGUAGCAUCCUGUUCACGCCUGUAAAUACUUUCGAUCUUGGAGUUGACAGAACCGGUUCUAUUAUUACAGGAUUACCUUCUUUCUUUAUUGAGAACAAUGAAUGGGAGUUGGUUGACAUACUUGCCAAGUACGCAGACGUCCAAAUGAAACAGAUAUCAAGUCUGGUAUCGUUUGAGUUCUUUUUGAAACGCAAGAGCAUGUUCUAUAUAGUUAGUAUCAUCUUUCCUAUGGCUCUUCUCUCUCUGCUCAACGCCUGUGUGUUCCUCCUACCAGCUGACUCCGGAGAGAAGAUGUCCUACCUCAUCUCAAUAUUUGUGUCCUAUGCUGUGUUCAUGAACUUCGUCAAUGACUCGAUCCCCAAGUCUGGAGACGUGUGUCGACUGUCUGUGUACCUGACCCUCAUCCUCUGUCAGAGCUGCCUGGCUAUCAUCACCACUAUGGCCACACUCAACGUCCGCAAUAACGGCGUCUUAUGUCAACCCAAGACGGAUGUACAGACGGAACAUGACAAAGUAAACACGAAAAUCACUGAACGUCCGUAUGUGAAGUCUGCGUCAAAGGUCCGCCGCGCAGACCACGUUUUUUUCGGGGUCUUCCUGCUUCUGGCACUGAUGUCCCUGCUGGUGUUUUGUGUAUAA